GGGCCAAAAAUCAAAAACAAAAUUUUCGAUGAGUUUUCGAUGAAUAUCUCGAAAACUACACGAUGCAUUUUCUUCAAAUUUUAAUAUGUCAUAGCUGACUAUAUUAUCUACCAUCAUGCCAAAAAUGAAGAAAAUCUAUGUCGCCGUUCUCGAGAUAUAGCCUUCCAAAGUUGCCAUGUCAUAUCUCGGGUACUACAUAUCCGAUUUCGAUCAACUCAAGCGCAAAUGAAAGGUUUCGUGAAACCCUACAAAUGUCUAGAACAUUUCAACUUCGAGAAAUGACCGCAAGAGGCGCUAAGAUCAAUUAUUUGAAUUUCCAAAAUUUUUAAGUCAAAAUAUCUCAAAAACUGAACUAUGCAUUUCGUUAAAAUUGAAGUAUGUUAAAGCUGAGUUCAAGACCUUUCCAACGAUAGGUCAUUUAAAAAAAUCCAUGAAGCCGUUCCUGAGAUAUUGCUAUUUUAUUUCAAAAAGUAAUCGAGAUAAUAUUUUUUGCACCCUUCCCACUACUAAUAUACGCAUAAUUUUUUUUCUCCCCUUAAAAUUUGUGCGAAGAACAAUAAAGUCCUGUGAAACAGGGCGAGGCAAAUUGGAGCGAAGCGACAAUUUACCUCGUUUAAUAAUAAAUUAUUAGUUUUAUUUUUGUUCAAUGCUCAUUUCACGUAUGUUUCAAUAAUUUUGUUUCAUUGUUUUGUGAAGCAUUUUUGAAGUGUCAAAUUAAAAGUGAAAAGCACAUUUUUGUCCAUCGAGCCAAAAUUCCUUUUAAAAACAAGUUAAAUCAGUGAAAUUGUGUGAUGGAAGGCGGUGUGAAGGAAAAAACGGGACAGGGAGGAAAUCCAGGUGUUCGCAUCAAGUUAAAAUCUGAUGCGAUUGGUUCCGCCCCCUACCUAGCUGUAGGGCGUGAAGUCCCCGACUCCGUCGGGGAAACGGCUACGGCCUUGCCAUUGAAUCUAACCAAAAACUUUUCUUCCAGCCAUAAUUCCAAAAUACUUCAAAACUCAGACAAUAUUACUCGAACUAGAACAGUACUAUCUAUUUCCUCAUCAAUUCAACCACAAUCAAAUUCACAUACAAAAUCUGACCAAAUUUAUGCGUUGCAAUCUGGCGGUGGCUUUACGAAAAAAAAUAAGAAAAAAAUUUUUACUGAUCACAAUUAUUACAAAGAAUUUAAAAUUGUUUCCCCCUGCUAUUUUGUUCAUGGUUCUUAUAGUCAAGACAAUAUUGCACUUUUUGGUUCAUAUUCCAAUAAUAAUCAAUGUACGGCAAAUUCAAUUGCAGCAAUUGCAUAUGCUCAUGUCGUUCCUAUAUCAAGUUGGUUAUCAAGCACAAUGGAUGAUAUUCUUUUAAAAGGUAAUGAAAUAUACGUAUUUUCUCGGAAAUCAAGAAAUAUUACAAAAUCUUAUCUAAAUGUAGAAGAAGUUUGUGAUAAAUUUACUGUUCUAAACGCAGAAAUUAACAUACAACUUGAAAGCUUGCAAAAUGGUGAAGAAUUUAAUACUCUAUUUUUUGGUUUGCAAGGUGAAAUUCUUGGACAAGAUGGAGAAUAUAGCCUAGAGUAUGCAUUGGAACAUUUUUUCACUUAUUUUGAAUUCGGAGUAAUUACUACAAGUAAUUCAAUAUCAGUGGCAAUUUUCAAGGUUAAUAAUAUUUAUUAUUACUUUGAUAGUCAUCCACGUGGUACUCUUGGUCAAUUUGUUCAGAAAAAUGGUACGUCUACAUUGUGUGGUUAUUCUGAAAUUGUGUCCUUGUUUCAAAUUUUGAAGUAUAAUUUUCUAUAUGGAAAUUCAGAGUACAAUGGAAAGAUUCGUUUUUCAAUACAGCCGGUAAAUGUUAAAUUAACGAAAUUAAGUGAAACUAGUAAUACUAAAGUGUGUGAUCAGUAUAAAAUUAUGAAUGAUCAAUGCAGUUUAAAGAGUGAGGUAAAAGUGAAAAAUGAGUUACAAGAUAGUUUAAUUAUAGAUUCUGAGAAGACAAUUAAUGUUAAUAAAAUUUUAGAUAAAAAACGUGAAUACAAUAAAAAUUAUAUGAAUCUAUUGCGAUCUGAAAGUAAAGUUUUUAAAAUCAAUGACAGUGAAAGACGUCGAAAGACACAUAAACAAGAUAGAUUAAAUUCAUCAAAAAGAGAAAUAGAAAAUUUAGACCGCAAAGAGAGACAUAAAGUAGAAAGGAAAGAUGCAGAAAAGAGAUCCCUUGAGAAUUUUAAAAGGAAACAGAAACUUAAAGUAAAGAGAAUGGACCCAAAAAAGAAAUUACUUGAAAAUUUAGAAAGGAAAGAGAGACAUAAAGUAGAAAGGAAAGACGCAGAAAAGAGAUCCCUUGAGAAUUUUAAAAGGAAACAGAAACUUAAAGUAAAGAGAAUGGACCCAAAAAAGAAAUUACUUGAAAAUUUAGAAAGAAAAGAGAGACAUAAAGUAGAAAGGAAAGACGCAGAAAAGAGAUCCCUUGAAAAUAUGAAAAGGAAAGAAAAACUUAAAGUAGAAAGAAAAGACCCAGUAAAGAAAUCCCUUGAGAAUUUUAAAAGGAAAGAAAAACUUAAACUAGAGAGAAAUGACCCAGUUAAGAGAACCCAUGAAAAUUUAAAGAGGAAAAUUGAACGAAGACUUGAAAGAAAUGACAACAAAAAGAGAUUAAUUGAUAAUGAAGGAAGAAGACAGAGACAUUUAAAAUCACGUAAAGAUUUAAGUUUCAGAGAAAAAGAAAAUUUUUUGAGAAAAAUGAGAAUGAUAAAGGCUAGUGAUAAUAAAAUUUUGAAUGAUUUAAAGAAAAAUAAAAUUUUAAAUAAAAUUGAUAAAAAAAUUGAAAAGAAAAUCAAAUCUAAAUAUUCUGGUGUUGAUCAAACUAAAUUUGAAAAUCAAAUUCUUAUGUUUAGAGAUAGACUUAAACGAUCCCUUAAAAUUAAGAUCAAUUACAAAUAUAAGAAAAACUUGGGAAAUAAAAAUUUUAAAAUGAAAAUUAAGAAAAUGAAAGACAAAAAUCGAACACUUUUGGAAUAUUUUUCAAAGAGAAAACAAGUAACUGAAUUUAUUUGUGGAUGUUGUGAAGGUAAAUUUUUCAAACAUAAUGUAAAGAAAUUGAACAUUGAUAGAUGUAAAUAUAAAAAUAAAUCUGAUCUUGAAGAUUUUCUAAAAAUUUCACAAUAUUGUUGUACUACAUGUCACUUGUAUUUGAAUAGAAAUAAAUUGCCCACACUUGCGAUUAAAAAUGGUCUAGAGUUCCCAGAAAUACCAGAUUGUCUUAAAGAUUUGAGUGAUUUGGAAGAGAGAAUGGUAGCACCUAUUAUUAACUUUAUGGAAAUUAGAGAAUUGAAAAAGUACGCUUUGAAUCCACAGAAAGGUCUAAAAGGUAGUGUUGUUCACAUACCAGUUGAAAUCAAUGACAUGGUUAAAGUUUUGCCCCGAAGAUUUGAUAACAUGGGUACAGUACAGAUCAAAUUGAAGAGACAUGAAGAUUAUAAAAAUCAUUAUAUGUUUGAAACUGUGAGAAUAAAGAAAGUUUUGGAAGCUAUAAAUUAUCUUAUAAAUACACCUCUUUACAAAUCUGAAGGUAUUACGGUAGAUCCAAAUUAUUUGAAAGAUAUAGAAGAUAAGGAAAUUGAAUUUAUAAGUGAUCCAACUGAUAAAGAUAAAGUAAAAGAUGGUAAAGAAAAUGACCCAAGAAAAACUAAAAGUCCUAAAAAGAAAGAAGAUCCCCCUGAAAUAUUUACAUUGUCUGGUGAACCAAAACCAAAGCCACCUUCUCAUGAACCAAUUCCUGAAUGGAACAUACAAGAUAUUCGAAAUUCCGAAGUAUAUGUAACUAACCAUCAUAUAACUCGAUUUAUAGAUAUUAUAAAUAAAUGUUACACAAAUAAUUAUAUGUUUCCAACAGAUUUUAUAUGUGAUAUGGGCCUAAAACAUGUAAAGGCAAAAGGAAGAAAUAAGAGAAAUGUACAAAUUUUGUUUUUGGAACCAAAAGGAAAUGAUAAAAUUGGUCAUUGGGUUACUACUGUUCACAAAAAUAAAACCAUUUAUGUAUAUGACUCGCUAGAUUGGAAAAAUCUUAAUGAAAUUUGUUUGAAAUUUUUGAAGAAAAUGUAUCCAACAACAAUGAAAAAUAAAAAUUCAAUUAAAUACAUGAAAACUUGUCAACAAAAUGAUAGCUACUCCUGUGGUGUACAUGCUAUUGCAAAUAGUGUAGCUUUGCUAAAUAAUAUUGAUCCAAGCAAUCUUUGUUAUAAAAUUGAAGAAAUGAGAGAUCAUUUGUAUAAUAUACUUAAAACAGAAGAUGUAUCAAUGUUUCCAAUAGACCCAUCAAGCUCUAUUGAAAUGUGUGAAGAAAUACAAAAUAACGAAAAUAAUAGUGACUCUGAAGAUGAUAUGUUAAUGAAAAUUGCAAAACUUAUAGAGGAUUGUGUAUCUCCUUUAAAUAAGAGAAAACGUGAUGAAGAAGAAAAUACUGAAGAUGUAAAUAAAGAAAUGGAAAAAGAAGAAAAACCAAUUAGCCAACCUAAUAAGAAGAUUAAAUUUGAAAAGGAAGAAGAUAAAGGAAAACUUGUAGAUAUUUUUGAAGAUGAUGAUAAUAUACCAAUACCAAAUGAAGAUGUAAUGCUUCUUGAUCUAGAUGCAUAUGAAGCAGCAGCAAGCAAAAUUAAAAUUAUGGCACCUGGACAGGGCAAGAAACCUAUAUAUUUUGAUUCUAAUAAAAACCUAGAAGAAUUGUCAUUUCCAAAGAUAUAUUGUGGAGAAAAAUAUAGAAUUGAAAAAAUUUACUACCAUCAACGUGUGAAAUCAGAAUUGCGUAGAAAAGAUCCACGAUGUCGUAUACCAAAGAAAGUAUUGUACAUGACUAGUGUUAAAUUGAGAAAUUCUGUUACAAGUACAGUAAACACAUGUCUGAGAAAAUCGAAAAAUGUUCAAGAUGUAACUGCUGGUGAUGCACUUAGUGAUACAAAAAUGGAUAAACUAGUUGAAGUUGAUGAUGGUUUUAGAUUCCUUAAAAAUAUUGCUCUUACUCCUGCUUACAAUGCAGAAAAACAACAACUAAUUCUUGGUAUGGUUAGACAAUUGGGUAAACCACAUUUGUUUCUAACAAUUACCUGUUCUGAAAUGCAUUGUCCAGAACUAUUGCAAAAUCUAGCAAAACAAUCAGGAAAAAAAUUGUCACCCACUGAAAGUAUGAAUCUUGAAAAAGCCGAUAGAACUUUAAUGAUUCAAAAUGAUCCCGUAUCUUGUGUAAGAUAUUUUUCAAACAAGUCUAAGAAUUUGAUGAAAAUGUUGACUAUUAAUCCUAACGAACAACCAGGAAAAUGUGGUCCAUUUGGAGAUAAUUUUGUUAUUGAUUAUUUUGAAAGAGUUGAAUUUCAAAUGAGAGGAAGUCCACAUAUGCACAUACUAUUGUGGUGUAAAGAUAUCCCUGAUUUUGACCAAAACAUUCCUGAAUCUGUUGAAAAAACUAUUAAAUUCAUUGAUAAAAUUGCUACAUGUAAAUACAAAGAUCCUAAAAAGUUUCCUCUAAUCAAGAGACAAAUGCAUAGGCAUUCUGAAACAUGUUACAAAGGAAAGAGAAAACGAUGUAGAUUUAAUAUCCCUAUUCCACCUAUGGAUAAAACUGAAAUUUUGUGGCCUUUUACUGAAGAAGAGAGUAAAUUACAAAACCUAGAAAAUCUAAAGCUAAUUUAUGUAAAGAUUGAAAAUGAAGUUAAGAACUUUUCACUAAAAUUUGUUGAUAUGUCUUUUGAUGAUUUUAUGUUAAAACUUGGUAUUACCAGAGAAAAGUAUAUAUUAGCAAUAAGAUCUCGUAUUAAGCGACCUCGUGUGUUCCUUAAACGAAGCACUAUGGAAGUUAAUAUUAAUGCAUAUAAUGAAGACAUUCUAAAUUAUACUGAAUCAAAUAUGGACAUUCAACCUGUAUGUGAAGUAUAUGCAUUGGCAAAAUACCUUGUUGACUAUGUAACAAAAGUUGACUCAGCUCUAGCAAAAAUUUUGAAAGACAUUUCUGAUGAGAUCAAAGUAAACAAGAAUUAUACAUUGCAAGAAAGGAUGCGUAAAUAUGCAAGUGCAUUUCUUAAUAGUAAACUAGUAAGUGCUCAAGAAGCUGCUUAUUAUUGUUUGUCAAUUCCAAUGACUCAAUGUAGUAGAUCAAAUGUUUACAUAAAUACUAGACCUAUAAAUGAGCGAACAAGAAUGUUGAAACAGAUAAAACAAUUGAGACAACUACCCCCAGAUUCCAAAGAUAUAUUUGCUCAAGAUAUUAUUCAAAAGUAUCAAAAGAGAAAACAAGAACUUAAUGAUGUAACUUUGAUUGAAUAUGCAGCAGAUUAUACUGAGGUUAAGAGAAUCAAAGAAGAUGACGAUAGUGGUGAUGAAAAAGACAUAAGUGUAAGGAAAAGGUCAAAAAUUGUUAGAUUUAAGAGAUAUGAUAAGCUUCAGGAUGAACACCAAUACUAUCGUAUGCAAUGUUUGUUGUAUUUUCCAUUUAGAGAUGAAAAGACUGAAAUUGAAGAUGCUGAUUGUAAGCAAAUUUAUCUUAAAAAUUUCGAAGCGAUAAAACAGGUGCGAGAUAAAUUUAAUUUUAUAUCUGAAGAAGAAGUAAUUGAAGCUAUGGGAAAAGUUCGUGAUGUAAACAGUGAUGAUGAUGAUGAUGAUCCUGUGAACAAACCCGUAUCCAAGUCCCAAGAAUUUCACUUUACACCUCCUGAAGAGAAGCCCGGUGAUAAAAAACCGCGUAAGUACAUUACUCCAGUUAGAAUUACUAAAGAAGAAUUGUGCCAAAAUAUGCAGUCCCUCAAUGAAAAACAAAGGCAAAUUGUAAUGCACAUAUACAAGUGUUUCACAUCAAAUACCUUGCCAAUACGUAUAUUCCUUUCUGGCUCUGCUGGCGUAGGUAAAACUCGUGUAAUUAAUUGCCUGUAUCAACUAAUCACACAUCAUUUCGAUAAUUUGCCCAAUAGUAAUCCUGAAUCUAUGAAGGUAUUGCUUUGUGCACCAAGUGGCAUGGCAGCCUUUUUGAUUAAUGGAAUGACCCUACAUUUGGCUUUUGCUCUACCUAAUACCCAAAACCCCGUAGAUAUUGACCACUUUUCAGAAGAUAUCGCAAAUACAAUUCGUUGUGAAUUUAAAGACGUGAAACUAAUUGUAAUUGAUGAAGUUUCAAUGGUAGGCUCAAAUACCUCAUUGAAAGUUAGUCAGCGACUAAUACAAAUUGUUGGAGUUCACCAAAGCUUUGGCGGAAUAUCAGUUAUUUUUGUAGGAGAUCUUAACCAAAUAGCACCUGUUGGAGAUAAAUCCAUAUUUCGUGCCCCAGAUAAAAGUAAUGCAGGUAUACUAGAUAUAAAUCCACUUUGGGAGGAAUUUAAAUAUUUUGAACUAACCGAAAUAAUGCGUCAAAAAGAUGAUUUGAACUUUACGAAUGCAUUGAAUAACUUGGCCAUUGGAAAAAUGACAGAAAAGGAUAUAAGUCUUAUUAGAUCUAGAACGGUUAAAAAUGUAAAUGAAGUUCCACCGGAAGCAAUACGAUUGUUUGCUACUCGUAGAAAUGUAGAUGAGUUUAACGAACGAAAAAUUGCAAAUUACCCAGGAGAACUACAUACGUUUGUAGCUAUAGAUAAAGUAAUGAGCGACAAAAAGUCUAAACCUAAAAGUGAAAAUGAACAAAAUAAAAUCCUUAAAGAUAUAGAAAAUCGAGAUCCAAGUAAAAGCGCUGGAGCUGUCCAUACCUUGCAUUUGAAGUUGGGUAUAAAAUAUAUGAUUAUUAAAAAUAUCGAUGUUUCAGACGGUCUAGUUAAUGGAGCUGCAGGUAUACUUCGCCAUAUAACUUUUGAUUCAAAAAAUAAUGUAGGUGUAAUAUGGCUAGAAUUUCUUGAAGAUCGUGUCGGUAAGAAAAUUACAAAAGAGCAACGGUAUCAAAAUUAUCUUAAAAAGCAUAAUUUGAAAGAAAAUCUUGUACCACUUGAGAAAUGCAAUUUCGUUUUUAGAUUGAAUAAUAGUAGUACGACUACAAUAUCAAGAACGCAAUUUCCAGUCAUGCCGGCAGAAGCUAUAACGAUACAUAAGAGUCAGGGACAAACGUACCAAUCUAUAUGUCUUGAUUUUACUAAACUAGAAAGAAUUACAUUGUGCAUGACGUAUGUAGCACUUAGUAGAGUAACAUCACUAAAUGGAUUGUAUAUAAUUGGAACAUUUAUUCCACAACGCCUUUCACAUAGUGGACAACGGAUAAUUAACGAAAUUCAUAAAUUGAGAACGGAAAAACGUCUUAAAGACUUUUUUGAAGAUGUUCGUAGAGUAGACCCGAAAAAAGUAAAAAUUUGUUAUCAAAAUAUUGUCUCAUUGCAUAAACACUUUAAUGAUAUUGAUACGGAUUCAUGGUACAAAUGCUUCAAUAUUGUAAUAUUUUCGGAAACGAAAACACAUAAGAAUUAUUCUAUUCCAUCUUUCAAAGGUUACCACGUUUUAUAUAGACAAGACAAUGAGAUAGAAAAUAUUGGAGGUCUUUUGUGUUUGAUUAAAAAUGAGGAUAAAUCGAAAAUUAACGUAAUAGCGGAAGAUACUAGAAUCGAUCAUACUAAGAAAUUUAGCUUGAGUUUGUUUGCUUUGGAAUACGGAAAACAAUUUUAUAUUAUUUCUGGGUACAAGUCGCCGAAGGUACCAUUUGAAGUAUUUAAAAAUUCAUUCGAAACUAUUUACUCGAAAAUCCCUAAAUAUUCUGAAAUUAUUCUUAUUGGUGAUUUUAAUUUUAAUCUUUCUUCAAAUAAUACGGAUAAGAGAUUUUUAAAAUACGUCGCAGAAUAUAAUUUGGAAACUAAACUUAAUCCCGAACAAGCUACGACAAAGUAUGAUAGUCAAAUAGACGUAGUUUUGAGUAAUAUACCGGAACAUAAUUUUUCAGCAGGAAUAUACGAAUCUUAUUUCUCUGAUCAUCGCCCAGUUUAUUGUAUAGUAGGAGAAAAUGAACAAGCAAAGAAACCCGAUAAAGAUAUUGAAAAGUCACCCAAACGGUCCUAUACACCCGAACAAUUACCAACACCUAAAGUAGUCAAAGUCCCUAAACCUAGUGAUUCUCCAACAACAAGUAAGAAAAUAGUUAAAGAUAAGAGUCCGGAAAAACCUAUAAAUCCACCCAAUAAAGGCACUAAUAUUCCAGAACCAGAACGCGAUAAUUGUUGGCCACCUGAUUUUGAUUAG